AUGACCCUGCUCGCGUCCGGCUCGCCUUCAACAGGCGGCCGCAAGCCCGCUGCCGCGCCCGAAAAGAAAUACAAGUGCCAGUUCUGCAAUCGCGCAUUCAGCAGGAGCGAGCACCGCAGUCGACACGAGAGAUCGCACACGAAAGAACGCCCAUUCAAAUGCCUCAAGUGCCGAAGCACAUUCGUCCGUCGCGACCUACUACUGCGACACGACCGCACCGUCCACGCGAAGGACGGUGGCGUGCCCCUCCACAGCGAGGUCAAGCGCCGCGCCGCCCCCAAGGCCAGCGACAUUCCCGUUGCUGGGCCCUCGAAGCCCUCGAUCGGACUCGACACUGCGACUCUCGAACAGAUUGAAGCGAGCAGCGAUGGCAUGGUGGACAUCGAGACAGCUGCCAUGCUGGUCACCGACUUCCAUCACAAGGCGAUGGCCAGCCAGGAGCCCGAGUCCGCGAUCGAUGCACCAGAAACGGUCAUAUCGCCUCACGGCCCCGCGCUCCUCGAGCCUUCGGUCGGCUACCCCUCCGGUCCCGUGUCGCUCCCUCAGAUGCCCAUGUGGGAUUCAAUGCUGCCUCAUCCGGUCGAGGGGGGCAAGUCGCACUCGGUCACCUCGAGUAUGUCGGGCUCGCAGGACUCGCAUAUGACCUUCAACAGCGUCGGCGCGCAAGGGCACCCGAACCAGUUGGCGCCCAUCAUGGAGCGUCAACCUUCGUCCAACGAUGGGCUGGCCCCCUCCUUCCCUUCUCUGCAGAGCUCCCUCCAGGGAUCCGGGCUCGCCACUCCCGGUGCCUUGUCGCCCUACCCGUUGAUGGGUCCCGUGUCCCCCGUGGACUACCGCCGCUCGCCCGGUCCUAGCCAAGCGCUGACGAUGGCGAAGGCCCCUCAACUCGAGUCCGAAGAGGCUUGCAGCAAGAUUCUCGAGAACAUCAAGCAUUGCGAUAGCGAAGGCAUCCUGCUCGACACCUUCCAAUUGCCGAGUGUGGCCCUCCUGAACCGGUACUUGUCGACGUACUUCAACCUGUUCCACCACCACCUGCCGUUCCUGCAUCCUGCAUCGUACGAUCCGACCGAAAUAUCCGCGCCGCUUCUUUUGGCCGUUCUUUCGAUCGGUGCCCUGUACACUUUUGAUCAGGACCAGGCGUACAUGUUGCACAUUGGUGCGAAGGUGCUCGUCAAUCAGUUCUUGCAGAACAAGGAGAACUUCAGCUCCCGGAAGUGUCCUCUAUGGCUCAUGCAAUCGACCCUUCUCAACAUGAUCUUCGCCUCGUGGAGUGGUGACCCCAAGGGUCUGGAGUGGGCUUGUUCGAUCAAGAGUCUGCUUGCCAACAUGGUUGCCGGCAACCGUUACGAGCUGAAGCUCCGCACCGAAGCUCGCAAUGGCGCUCACCCAACGCAUGAGGAGUGGAUUGAGGACGAGCAAUGCCGGCGUACUUACUAUGCCGUCUAUAUCUUCUUCGGUCUCCUCACCAUGACGUACAACCAUACGCCUGCCAUCAGUUUCAACGAGUUCGACACUCUAGAACUGCCCUCUUCGGAGACGCUUUGGAACAUGGAUCCGUCGGACGAUGAGUCCUGGCGCGACAACUUGGCUGCCUCGAACAUUAUCACGUUCCGCCAGGCGCACGACAACCUCUUCCAGGGAGAAACAGCUCGCUACAGCGCAUUCGCGACCCGUGUCAUGAUCAACGCGCUCUUCCUGGAGGUCUGGUACCACAAGCGCAGCCCCGAGGCUCUCCAAGACGUGGUCACUGAGUACAAGCUUCGUCUUGCUCUCGAGACUUGGGAGAAGUCUCUGGAAAUCUGCGAGCCCGAGACUGUGGUUGUCAAGUUGAGUGCGCCGCACAAGGGCCAUCCGCUCAUUUUCAAUGCUAUGGCCAUGUACCGCAACACGCGCGCACGUCUGUUGGUCGACCUGAAGUCGGUUCAGGAGGCGCUCCGCUACCACGACUCGUACGAGGUUGCAGCUUCCAUGACCAAUGCCCGCGAUAAGGUGAAGCGUUCUCAGGAGAUGAUCAAGGUCAUCCAGGAGUGCUUCGACUGUAUCGAGGUCGCCGCUGUGCAAGGCAUUCGCUGGGUUGCUCGGACUUCGGCAACCAACUGGAGCAUUGAGCAUCCGCUUUGCGGCAUGGACCUGAUGGUCAUCCUCACGCUUUGGCUCUAUCGCCUGGAACAUGACGAGGAGCCGGCCACUGAGGAUGAACUUGCCAUGUACAACAAGCUCAGGAAUCUGUUCGAUGAUGAUUCCGUGGAUGUUUACGGCUCCAAGUUGAGCUCGACCGUGGCUCGUCUCUGGGGCAGCAUGAUUGACGAAGUUGUCGUCUGGGGCAUCACCAAACUCAUGGGCGAAGCGUUCAAGCUCCACUCUCAAGCCCUCGUUGGCUACGAGGAUGCCAUGUCCUCCCGCUCGGGUUCUCCUACUCCCUCGAUACCCACUCAGCCUGUUCAGGUUCUUGAGAUGCAAACGGCGUAUUAG